GGUCCCCGAGCUCGCUGCGCGCUGCCGCUCCUUCUUCCUUCCUCUUCCGCGCACGUCCCGCUCCGUGUACUUCUCCGGUCCCGCCAUGGCCGCGCUCACCCGGAACCCGCAGUUCCAGAAGCUGCACGAAUGGCACCGCGCGAACCUCGGCGACCUCAACCUGCGGAGCCUUUUUGAGGCGGACCCGGAGCGCUUCAACCACUUCAGCCUGAACCUCAACACCAACCACGGACAUAUUCUGGUGGAUUACUCCAAGAACCUGGUGAACAAGGAGGUGAUGCAGAUGCUGGUGGACCUGGCUAAGUCCAGGGGCGUGGAGGCUGCACGGGACAACAUGUUCAACGGCGUGAAGAUCAACUACACCGAGGACCGGGCAGUGCUGCACGUGGCCCUCCGGAACCGGUCCAACACCCCCAUUGUGGUGGAUGGCAAGGACGUGAUGCCAGAGGUCAACAGGGUUCUGGAGAAGAUGAAGUCUUUCUGCCAGCGGGUCCGGAGUGGCGAGUGGAAGGGUUACACAGGCAGAUCCAUCACGGACAUCGUCAACAUCGGCAUCGGAGGCUCUGACCUGGGGCCCCUCAUGGUGACUGAAGCUCUCAAGCCCUACUCUGCAGGAGGUCCCCGCAUCUGGUUCGUGUCUAACAUCGAUGGAACCCACAUUGCCAAAACACUGGCCAACCUGACCCCCGAGUCUUCCCUGUUUAUAAUCGCCUCCAAGACCUUCACCACCCAGGAGACCAUCACCAAUGCGGAGACGGCGAAGGAGUGGUUCCUCGCGUCGGCCAAGGAUCCAUCUGCGGUUGCAAAGCACUUUGUCGCGCUGUCUACGAACACGACCAAAGUGAAGGAGUUCGGGAUUGACCCUCAAAACAUGUUCGAGUUCUGGGAUUGGGUAGGUGGCCGCUACUCGCUGUGGUCAGCCAUUGGACUCUCCAUUGCUCUGCACGUGGGUUUUGACAACUUCGAGCAGCUGCUCUCCGGGGCUCACUGGAUGGACCAGCACUUCCGCAAGGCGCCCCUGGAGAAGAACGCCCCCGUGCUGCUGGCCCUCCUGGGGGUCUGGUACAUCAACUGCUUCGGCUGCGAGACCCACGCCAUGCUGCCCUAUGACCAGUACAUGCACCGCUUUGCUGCUUACUUCCAGCAGGGCGACAUGGAAUCCAAUGGCAAAUACGUCACCAAGUCGGGUGCCCGGGUGGACCACCAGACGGGCCCGAUCGUGUGGGGGGAGCCGGGGACCAACGGCCAACACGCAUUCUACCAGCUCAUCCACCAAGGUACCAAGAUGAUACCCUGUGACUUCCUCAUCCCCGUCCAGACCCAGCACCCCAUACGGAAAGGUCUGCAUCACAAGAUCCUCCUGGCCAACUUCUUGGCCCAGACAGAGGCCCUGAUGAAGGGGAAGACGACGGAAGAGGCUAAGAAGGAGCUCCAGGCUGCAGGAAAGAGCCCGGAGGACCUGGAGAAGCUCUUGCCACACAAGGUCUUCGAAGGAAAUCGCCCGACCAACUCGAUUGUGUUCACCAAGCUCACACCAUUCAUCCUGGGAGCCUUGAUUGCCAUGUAUGAACACAAGAUCUUCGUUCAGGGCGUCAUCUGGGACAUCAACAGCUUCGACCAGUGGGGGGUGGAGCUGGGGAAGCAGCUGGCCAAGAAAAUCGAACCUGAGCUGGAGGGCAGCUCCGCCGUGACCUCACACGAUUCCUCCACCAACGGGCUGAUCAGCUUCAUCAAACAGCAUCGGGACACCAAAGUGGAAUAAAGCCAGCCGCGGCCGCCCGCCACCGCUCCACGUCCCUGGUCGUCAAACUCACGGCACUGCACGGCCCUGCCCCCUGCCCCCGCCCCUGCCCACAGCACACCUCCCGUCGCAGGCUUGGACUACCGGGGCUUUGGGGAGGAUCGCCAUGUCCACCGCUCUCCGUGCUGCACCCUCCCUGUGGAGCGGGCUGCUGCGUCUGCCCGUUCCAACCCGUACUCACCUAUCAGUCAGAAUAAAGAUGCCUUAGAGGA